CUCCCCGGGCCUGGCCCCGCCCCGGAAGGCGGCGGCUGCCGCGAACAUGGUGCUGCUGAGCGCGGCGCGUUGGCUCCGCAGCCGCCUCACCGACCGCUUCUGGAGGGUGCAGGAGGUGCUCAAGUACGCGCGGCACUUUCGGGGAAGGAAGAACCGCUGCUACAAGUUGGCUGUGAGAAGUGUUCGGAGAGCUUUCGUGAAGUCUACAAAGGCCAGGAGAGAGAAGAAGAGAUUCCUCAGAGCGCUCUGGAUCACAAGGAUUGAAGCAGCUUCUCUUGAACAUGGUUUGAAAUACUCAGCUUUCAUAAGCAAUCUGCAUAAGUCCCAGGUGGAGCUGAAUAGGAAAGUGAUUGCUGAUCUGGCUAUUUAUGAGCCGAAGACAUUCAAGUCUCUAGCUGCCUUGGCCAAGAGGAGGAGAGAAGAAGGUUUAUGUGCUGCCCUGGGAGAUGGAAAAGAGCCAGAGGGAAUAUUUUCACGUAUUGUGCACCACUAUUGAUAUUAAAGGAGUCCUCGUAAGCAGGAA